AUGAGCCAAUUAAUAUCAGUAUGUACAGCUGGUUGUCCGUCAAUGAUGGGCAUCAACAAUGGUUUGAUAGCACUGAUUAAGAAGGAAUGGAAUUUGCAAAAUUUACUCUCCAUUCACUGCUUCCUGCAUCAAGAAAGUUUGGCAUGUCAAAUUUCAAAUACCAAAUUGAAGAAUGUUAUGCAAAUGGAACUGCGAGCUUGUUACGGUGAUGUUCUCCUACAUACUGCUGUCAGAUGGCUAAACAAAGGGGAAGUGCUGGAACAGUUUGUCAAUUUGAAAUCUGAAAUUAUUUUAUUCUUACAACAAAGUGGCAAAAAUUAUCCUGAACUUGAUAAUGAUGAAUGGUGGACACUUAAAGCUUGA